ACCAAUGUUGCGAAGUAGUUUUUCUGGCAGUGCUCAUUUCGCUGCUCGUGUAUUUAUAGGCCUUAAUUAGUGUUGGCAAUAAGGCAUGGUUAUCAUACAUCACAGCAGCUCUCUGAUGCCUUAAGUGACUGGUGGUGAUAUUGAAUUUUAGCGAAUUCUUCCAAACUGAAUUUAAUUAUGGUGCUCUAUUUCAAGUAAAUCCGACGAAUUCCUCAAUCGACGAUACGACAUUCUGUUAAUGAACUGUGAUUAAUAUUUAAUAAGGACGUCGAUAGGAAUUUUUAUCAGAAUUGCCUCAAAUAUUUAGAAAAUAAUCAACGAAAUUGAAACUUGAAAGCAGCGCUAUAAUUAUCAUGAAAAAUUAAUGUGGGAUGAACUUCUCAACAGCGCCGAAUGAAUAUUUCAAACUUUCCAAACGAUUAUGAAUAAAACCAGAAUAAAAAUGUGAGCUUUCAUCGUGCUGUUUCGUCGCCAUCGACUGGUUUCCCGCAGGCACAACUUCGAAGUGGAAGGAAAGUCUUGAAAGGAGUGUUUAUUUUAAAGAGUAAUGUUACCACCUAGGGAUUUUCAGGCGAGACGCAAGUGGUGUUAUCAAGUAGAACACUUUCUGGCGCGGCUUUCCCACUUUUUCCAAAAAGAAAACAAGUGAACCGAAAGCAAUGUGUUUAUAAAAGUCGGAUAACCUGUUAGCACUCACCCUCCACCCGUUGAAUCCGCGCUCCUUCUUCUCUCACAGGAGCGUUUUCAGCCUUCGAGUUCAACGUGAAGCAAAGAAAGGAGCCUCGCGACAUUUGGACUCCUUCAACUAUUCAUUUUCCUGGAAGCCACGAUCAGUCGGGCAACGAGAUGCUGUGUCGAAAGAUGCGUCUAACCGAGCGCCACAUUCAGCCCCCGCGUGAACCCAAUGAAGGGCCAAUUAUUCGUCCUUGCACCGCGCGCAAACUGGAUGGAAACGAAAAAGACUCGGCGCUGUUCUCAGUCGGUCAUCAUGGAAGAAAACCGACCAAAACUACUAAGACACCGCUAGUAAUUGUCAAUCUUAACAUUCCGCCAGGGACACAAACCCUUGCUCCGAAAAAUGUGAAGAGUUCACGUAAAUUGCCGCCUUUUUGCGUGCAGCAUCAACAUCUGGCGAAAGCUUACGGAUCGAAUCAGUCUCAUUCGUCGCCUGAAGAGACGCCGGUGUUUUCCAACACGAGUAUACCCCACAUAUUUAUUCAAGGGUAUGAAAUACACGAUAAGAAGAUCAUUCCGCUCAAACCACGGGAUAUUCGAGAUUGCGAGAUAAGACCCAUCACUGAAAAUGAGGAAGAUAGUUUCGCCAACAUUUUGUUGGAUAAUAUUUCUAAUAUAUCUCUCGAAAUGCUAAACAGACAUCAACAGCGGCUUCUGGGAACUUCAAAAGUUACCAAAACUGUCAACAAAGGCUAUGAUACCAAUUGUGAAACAUUCCUCAACUUGGAUUCAUAUGAGAUGGACGACUACGGACAUGGGUCGCCAGACAAAUUGAAUGAGUCGGGAGACCCGCCACCCAUACCGACCGGUUAUAGGUCCCUCUGUUAUCGCACACCUAGUCCUAGCACUCGACAAAUCAUACGAGUCAACGUUACCAUGAACAGAGAUCGUGGCAAUAAUGAAAGCUUUCGGCUCAAUCAUUAAUUCAUAGUUGUUAGUAAUAUCCAUGUUAAUUAGUUCUAAUCGAAUAAAUAAUAAAAAUCCAUUCAAUACCAA